AUGCCGAUGGAGAUUUCUAAAAGCGGAAGCGAUGUUCGGGUUGAGAAGGAUCGUCGGAGUCUGAUAAGCUGCGGGAACUGGAACGAGAUCUCCCCUACUGAGACGGCCGUUGCUAGCCGCACCAUUGGACCAAAACCCAUCGGGAAAAGGCCGGAGACAAACCAGGCAAAGCUUCUGGUGACCAUCUUGUGUGGUGGGGGCUUCUGGGGUCUCGAAGAUAGAGGGAAUAAACAAGACAAGGUUUCACGGCGGCUGGUGGUCGAGAGAGGUGAGGCUGGAGGUGGCCGGAGAGGCGGUGGAUUCAUCGGAGAGAACCAGAAGGUUCUAGAGGGAAGGGAGAGCAAGAGUCAGGAAAAAUUGGGUAUCAACACAAAGCUUGUUGUGUACCAGCUGAAGGAUGUUGCCAACACUUGGUAUGAAACAUGGGAAGAGUCCCGAGGUGAGGAUGCGGAUCCUGCGACUUGGAAGGAGUUUGCAGAUGCGUUCUUUGAGCACUUUAUACCCAUUGAGGUCUUGGAAGCUAAAGCUUUGGAGUUUGAGAGACUCAGACAGAAUGAUAUGAGUGUGAAUGAGUACUACCUCAAGUUCGUCUCUUUGGCCAAUUAUGCUCCGGAAAUGGUACGUGAUAUGAGGGCUAGAGUUAGGUGGUUUGUGUUGGGGCUUUCAGAUGAUUUGUUUGAUGAUGCUAGUAUAGCUACUCAGAAUAAUGACAUGACCAUCACUAUGAUGGUUGCCUUUGUUCAAGGGAACGAAGACAGGUUGAAGGAAGAAGAACGUCUACGGAGAGAGAAGGAGAGGGAAUUCAACAAGAGAGCUAAGUCUGCAGGAAAUUUCAACCAUGGGGGAUCUCAAGUAGGAGCUAGUGCACCGGUUCAGAGGUCAAAGUUUAACAAGAAAAACCAGAAUUUCAGAACAGCAGACUCACAGUCACAGGCUAGUGUGGGUUACAGAGUCCCUAGUUACCCUAUUUGCAACACGUGUGGUAAGAGGCACCCAGGGUUGUGUCAUUUGGGCACAAAUGGUUGCUUUGGGUGCGGCGGUGGUCGAAACUGCUUGUAUGCACUGGCAGACCGUCAGGAUACAGAGGCUCAUGGAGAUGUUGUCAUAGGUAUGCUAAAUAUAUUCAGUUUUGAUGUCUAUGCUCUUAUAGAUCCGGGAUCCACCCUAUCUUAUAUAACCCCAUAUAUUGCAAAGAAAUUUGGGAUAGAACCAGAAAAGUUGGGUGAACCCUUUGAAGUAUCCACUCCAGUUGGAGAAUCAGUUAUAGCAAGGUAUAUCUAUAGGGGAUGUCCAGUCAAAGUGCAUCAUCGUCUUACUGUAGCAGACUUAGUAGAAUUGGAGAUAUUAGACUUUGAUGUGAUCAUGUGCAUGGAUUGGUUAGAGUCAUGUUAUGCCAAAGUGGGUUGUAGAACCAAAAUAGUAAGUUUUGAAUUUCCCGGUAAACCAGUCUUAGAAUGGAAGGGUGAUGUAGUAGCACCUAAGGGUAGGUUUAUUUCCUAUCUUAAAGCUAGAAAGAUGAUCUCCAAGGGAUAUAUCUAUCACCUAGUUCGAGUUAAGGAUGCAGACGCUCAGAUCCCCACUCUCCAGUCGGUACCAAUUGUAAAUGAGUUUCCAGAAGUGUUUCCCGAAGAUCUCCCUGGAGUCCCUCCCCAUAUGGAGAUUGACUUUGGAAUUGAUCUACUUCCAUGCACUAAGCCGAUAUCUAUUCCGCCUUAUAGAAUGGCUCCAGCAGAGUUAAAAGAGUUAAAAGUCCAGUUGAAAGAUCUUCUAGAUAAGGGAUUUAUAAGGCCAAGUGUCUCACCUUGGGGCGCACUGGUCUUGUUUGUCCGAAAGAAGGAUGUGACUUUGCGUAUGUGCAUUGACUAUCGCCGGUUGAAUAAAGUCACCAUCAAUAACAAGUACCCUCUUCCCGGAAUAGAUGAUUUAUUUGAUCAACUUCAGGGUGCCCAGUGUUAUUCCAAGAUUAACCUCAGAUCGGGAUACCAUCAGUUGAAGGUUAAGGAAGUUGAUAUUCCAAAAACAGCUUUUAGGACUCGAUAUGGGCCUUUCGAAUUCCUGAUACUGCAGGAUCACAAGCUAUAUGCAAAAUUUUCUAAGUGUGAAUUCUGGUUGAAAUCAGUAGCGUUUUUGGGCCAUGUCAUCUCAGGGGAAGGCGUGAAGGUGGACUCUCAGAAAAUAGAGGGAUUUUCUUCUAUAUCGUCCCCUUUAACUAGAUUAACUCAGAAGAAAGUCAAGUUUCAAUGGUCAGACGCGUGCAAGAAAAGUUUUGAGGAGUUAAAGAAAAGGCUGACUUCAGCUCCAGUCCUGACACUACCAGAAGGAACCGAAGGGUUCGUUGUUUAUUAUGAUGCCUCAGGGGUUGGUCUUGGGUGUGUAUUAAUGCAGCACGGUAAAGUCAUAGCCUACGCGUCGAGACAGCUCAAGGCUCACGAGAAGAAUUAUCCGAUUCAUGACCUUGAAUUAGCAGCUGUGGUGUUCGCGCUUAAGACUGGCGCCAUUAUCUGUAUGGGCUUAGCUCAUGUUGAGGCAGACAAGCAAACUAUGAUGAAGGAAGUCCACCGCUUAGAAAAUCUAGGUGUUCGACUUUUGGACUCCGAAGAUGGUGGCGUUGUUCUCCAGAACAGGGCUGAAUCCUCCUUAGUAGCCGAAGUAAAAGAAAAACAGUUCAGUGUUCCCUACUUAUUGCAGCUUUAG